CACUGCCGAGCUAGCAGCCAAGCAGCUAGCUACACACGAGAUCACCUGCUAAACACACCCACCGUUUUAACUCUAGGUUCUCCUGCCAGGUGUAUUUAUUUAUUUACACUUUACAUAAAAAUACAGAGCUUGGGUUCUCUCUGUUUGUUCUCGCUGGAAUAAGAUGGUCGUUUUGACAAACAACAAUGAGGAACAGGAUUAUAUCCUGAUUGAGGAGCGUAAAUGCACCUCCCUGCCCAGCUCCCCUGCCAAGCGAGUGUCUCCAGCCAAAAAGAAGCAGUUCUAUAUCAACCAAGCCAUCCGCAACUCUGACCUCACUCCACGAGCCAAGGGCAAGAAGAGCCUCCGCCGGCAGGAGAACACACGCUUCCUUGCUAAUCUUCUUGAGAGAGAGGAGUGCUCCAAAGAUGAUCUGGAAGUUUGCAGUAACCCAGCCAUCCCGUCCAUCUUCACUGAGGCCUGCACCAAUGGAAACUACAUAGAGCCAUGGAAUGACUUCAUGAACUGCUCUGGAGAGGAGCAGGAGAGGCUGCUGUCUCUGCUGGAGCAGGAGGUGGCCAAGAAGAAAACCGCCAGCCGGCUCCCAAAAGACGAGAGGAAUGUAAACGUUGCCUUCACUGCUCAGGAAUGCUACCAGAGAAUCGAUCGCAGGCUGCGAGCAACUCUGCGACGGAAACAAAUCCCCAUGGGAACUCUGGAAGUUCUUGAGGAAAACAUUCUGAGCUUCUUCAAUGCUAAGCCACACUCAGUUUACACGACCAACCUCGCCAGCAGCUUUGAGAGACUGCUGCUUCACGCCGUCUGCCAGUACAUGGACCUCGUCUCUGCAAGCACCUACCACAACGGCUCACGUCAGACUGAAGUGGUGAACAAACAAGAAGAGUUUCUGCCUCCUCGACUUCUGCUGUCUGCCUACGUGGAGCAGAUGAGCUGAGGCCACAGACGCAUGGCUCGGCUGCAGGCAGGAGCUCUGAGAGAUGUAGAUAAGGUGCGCAGUCUGUAUGUAAUGUCUGUUUGAUGUCUGCCAAGCUCAGAAAACAAAAGCUGAAAAAAAAAGGUCUGCUUCCUCCUCUCUGGCUGCUCUCUGGUCUCUGUAGUACAUUUUCCAUUCAUUUUCACCACAAGCAAACUGAGACCCUGUGUGCGCACAGAGGCUACAAGCUACACGUUACAUGACAAACUUUGCGGUUAGCAUUGAGCUCGAGGCACAGCUAAACUCGAGUGCAUAAGGGCAACAAGCAUACCUGAGGCAGAGGACAACCACAUAUGUUAACAUGACCUCUCUACACCAUCCUCAGGCACACUUUGACACUCUCUGCCCCACUGGUAACUUUCUAAGAGACCUAAUUUCUAGAUUUGGUGCACAUAAUUAUGGAGCUGUGUGGCACAAAUUAACUGCUGUUUCCAUAAAGCAUUGGGAAUUAAAUGAAUUAUCUUUCCCAACUUUUAAGUAAAGUCAUUAAUCUGCUAAUAUAGUCUGGAUAAUGGAUUCUAAACAGCUCUCACGGCCUCUUUUUUGUGAUGUGGAACUUACAAUUAUGAAUUCACGGUUACAUUUAAGAUCAUUAAAAAAAGUUGGAGAGAUGGCAACAACUGUCUUUUAGUCAGUUAACCCAGUGUUAGCAUAAUGUCAAACUGAUUAAUGAGCUGAUCCUUGCUCUCCGUUUUAUAGUGCAAAUUGAGCAAUUAAAAGUAUGAGGUUUACAUAUUUUACAUAAAAUAGGAAUUUUUCAAAUGUAACUAUAUAAAGCAAGUACUGUGUUGUCAUGUGUGAACUCAUUUGAUAUACAUUUCCAUAAAACAUAAAUUAAUAAGUUUGAAUAAUGACAAUAUUAACCCUGAAAAAAUGGUGGAAAAUCUACUUGGAACUAUUGACCGACACUUUGUAAAGGUGCUAAGACAGGAAGAGCUCCUCUAAUGCAUCACUGCCUGAAGGAUUAGCCUGUGCGAUUUGUGUAAGUAGUGAAGCAUGAAUAUUGAUAGUCUCCCGUCAUUAAAAGCACAAACACAUGAGUCAUCAUUGUAGGGAAAGACGCAAACGUUUCUUGUUAAGGUGGUGAAAUAAAUGCUUGGAAUGUAAAAUGAUUGUCUUGUAAUUAUCUGUGUUUGAGAAGAAAACUCCCACAUUUGGCAGGAUUUCUUCAGGAUCUGCUUUUGGGAUUCUUUUUUUUAUCUGUAAUUUCUUUGUCACCUUGUCUACGCCGGCUGUGUUUCAGCUGCAUUUUUCAGUACUGAUCUCAAGAAUACCCUGAUGCAUUAACCAAUUAAACUGUCUGUAUUGAUUGGGUAACGAUGAAGUACCAACUGUUUGUGGUAAACACUUCAUUUUACACGACAAAUUUCAUGGGAAGUAAAUGGUAAUUACCAAGUAACAUUUGAAAUUUCUCCAGAAUUUCCCCCAAAAUUACCUGGAAAAUUACAUCACCCAAACUUGAUUUAAUAAUUUCCUGCUGAUAUUGCUGGCGAUCUUGCCAACUAGUGUCUGUUUAACUUCCCUUCAGCAGGCCACUAAAUAUUACUUCAGAAUGUCAAAAAAAUGUGUUUAUCUACUCACUAGGACAUUUCUGGAAAGAAGUGUUGGCCUGUUUGUUUACAUUUACAUGCUAAAGUGGAUGAUUGUUUGGCUGAUCCAGUGUAGAAACUUAGACAACUGCAACUGUUGAUGUGAUGUGCUGCCUUCACUGCACACUGGGGUAGACAAGGUGUAAACAUUAAACUGAAAUCAUCAUCCUCAAUAAUCAAAGACAAAACAAGGAACUAUACUAUAGUUAGAACCUGUUAGCAUCCCUGUACUUUUAGAUUCAGUCAUAGAUUUCUUCCACAGUUCUCAUUCAGUUUACACCCAACACACAACUCUAACAUUUAAAGCCAUUUUUUCUUUUUCCGUAUACAGUUAAUUUGGUUUGAAGGUAUACUGUAUGUACAGUAGAUGUGUUACAAAACCUGCUGAGUUUUGACUCUUGGGUGUUUCUCAUCUCAAUAAUCACAUUUACAACCCUAGAAAAGCACUUCUGCCUUAUUAAAAACAGGUUUUUCUGUGCAUAUAUUUCUACAUUUGUACUUGACUGGAUUUUGAAAACACAUUGUUUAAAAAAAAAAAGAAAAGAAAAGAAAAGAGGGGGAAAAAAGAAAAUCUGAAGCCUGAUUUCUUUUAUACUGUCGUUGGCAUUGAAACAAAACUUGACCUGUUGGUGCAACAACCAAAGUAUGUGUGUUGUUUUUUAUUUUGUUUUUUUUUUCAUGUGAGGAAAUCAGAUUUCUCAGGCUUUCACUCUGAAUGUCAUGUAGUGAUCUUACACUGUCAUUUUUCCUGUGUACUGUAUACUACAAAAUGAACUUGUUACUAUCAUGUUCACCCCCACCUCAUGGGGGAGCUGCCAACUUUUUAAAUACAUUCAGAAGUAGCUGUGCUGUAAAUGCAGUUCUCAGAUAAUUGACCUGUGCCAACAGUUGGGUUAAAAAAGCCUAUAAAUGCCUCAAAGCUUUAUACAAUAGACUGAGACAUCUUCGUGUAUAUAUAAUGGUAUGUAUGUGCUAUGGUACCUAUUUAUAAUUAUCACUGCAACUAUUAAAGGAUUUAAGAUUUUU